GACGAGAACAGGUCGUAGAAUUACGGCAAAGAUAUGAUGUGUAACGACGGUGGUCAGAGUGUGGUGCGGUCAGCUUAACGAUCGACGUCUGCGAUGCAACGUGAUUGCGACGGCGGAACUUGCCGAUCGGCGCCGAAUCGCCAGAAGAAGAAGAGGACCAUCUACACGGGCGGGUGGGAGAAGGUUACGGUAGAAUUUUUGGCCACGCUGGAAGUGGGGGUGGAUCGGCGCUGAACAGCAGAGAUCUCCAAUAAGUAGGAAGGGCGUAUGAUGAUCGCGGGUAGAUACCAAAGAAGCCGACGCACACGUGGACCGACAGUGACGAUGACCCUUCCGCGAAAUCAAAAGUGCGCCGGUUUUAGUUAUUAGAUAAACAGCUGGCCAAGUGACGGUGGUGGUGUGCAAUCGGAACGUGUGCAGUGCUUCCGGGACGUUACCUCAUAUUUCUGGUCAUAAACGGAGUCAACGUAAAGUAAACGCGCGUACAACGUUAAACGUAGUUAAUCCCGGCGAGUGGUGUCGAAGAUGCAUUGGCGGAGAACGUUGUUCCUGUUGUGUUUCGCGAUAACGUUGUCGUAUUCGGAGCUGUUCAGCGCCGAGAAGCUCAGGCGGUACGCGAGGGUCCUGAAACUCGACGCACUGACCGUCAACGCGACUGGAAACGAUCUGUGGCGCGGACUCUUCAAGGAUUGUCACAAGAGAGUGACGUUUUCCUGCAUACAGAAGAACGCGUACACGUAUCUCGACAAUGUGUUCAUCGAGAGGGACAACAUCACCGUUUUCGACGGUCUAAUCCUUACGAAGAACAAUAUGACUUACGACACAUGUCGCAGAACGGAAGGCCGUAACGAUGUUCGCGAGAAUCUCGUGGAUGACGUCGAUGCGGACGACGACUGUGAAAAGAAAGCGGCUGAACAAGCAGAAGCGCAGGGUCGAAAGUUCGCGGACGAACCGGAAUCACCGCUCGAGGUGAUCACGAACGCUCUGCGGCGGAAAACAGUGAAAUUCCUGUCGACCCGCAAUUACGAAUUACAACUUCCGCAGUUCUUCUUCGAAGGCGCUACCGUGAAGAUAAGCCCGCGCGAGAUAGACGAGAACGGAGCGCUUCUCAGGGUGGAUUUCGGAAAUCAAGAUCAAGUGGAAGAAGGACGAAUUUUAUUCAAAAAAAUCAGAAAAUUCAUACAAAAUAGAUUAUUGACCAGUUUCCUAGCGCUUCUUUUAAUUAUCAAGCUAAUUAAGGUGAAGUUUCUAUUCAUCGUUCCGUUUCUCUUCGGAGUGGGCACUGCGAAGAAACUCUUCUUAAAAUUAUUGCUCUUUUUCAUUCCCGCAUUCGCGCAUAUCUUCAAGCUUUGCUCCAGCUAUUAUUCGAGUCACAGCACCAAGUUUCAUCAUCAUCAUCAUCAGAUAGCGCAUCAUCAUCAUCACGUACCGGUUCCGGUGCCGGUGUACUACGACCAUCAUAAUCGUCAUCAUGACGAGGAGGACUUCGAUGGCUACGAUUACGCUCAUCCUCACAUUCAGUAUCGGAAGGACAUGGAGGAACUGAAAGAGUGGGGCAUCGAGCCUUAUGACGAAUCUUUCGAAGAAUCCAGCCAGCACUUGAAUCGCGUCCCCGCUUCCGGUCUUACGUAUUCGAGUUCGUACGGCCUGCCGCAGUACGCGUCGAAUGCGAAACCGAUCGCGUCAUCUUAUCCGGACAACUCGGCUGGCGCGCACAGCUUGGCCUACUCCGGAUAUCUGAACGACGUUAAAUACAAUCGGCGACCGGCGGUGCAGCCGGUCGCCGCCGUGCUCUCGGUGAAUCCGAGCCUCGUGUCCGCUGCGAAGACACCGGUGAAAAAUCCUUACGCAUUGUUCACGGCGAACAUGCAUCAUCAUCAGGUCCAGAGGUUCCUGACGCCUGCCGCGAACGCCAAGAGCUCGUCCGUAUCGAUCUCGCGGCAAGACACGGACGACGAGUAUUACGGUCCGAUAAUUGCCCGGCUCGAGAACAUCUUCGAGCAGCUGAGAUUCCACGAAGAGACGUGCAGGGAAAUGCUUGUUUGCAACAUGUACAAGAACCCGGCGGGUUACUCGCCGCACAGUAACCUCGUGUCGAACGAGCUUUCCAGGGAUCCUCAAGAACUCAACUUAGGCAUAACAGAGAGUGCAUCCAGUCAGAAGUUCUACAAAUAUCUGAGCGCAGCCAGAUAUGGUCAGGAUGGUGGAGAUUGCCUUAGAACAUAUCCCUGUCAGAAUAAUACCGAAUAAAUGCCUUGUGGUAAACAUGUAAUUUACAUCAACUCGCAUAUAUGUAAUUAGAAAUGUCACCUAAAGCAAGCACUAGAUACAUAUAUGUAUUUGCUCAAUAAGUUCGAAGAAAUUACACGAAAAGAUCAACGUUGUGUUAUAUCGGUAUAAAAAGACCGAUACUGCCAUGCAUUAAUUUAUGGAUACGUGUAAAAAGAUGUGUAAGAAUUUAUAUCUAAAAUCUUCCUACUAGUAAAAAAAAAUUGAAAUAUUACGACGAUAAAUUGGUUGGACAAAGCGAUUAAUUUAGCUAUAAGUUGAUAAAUUAGAUGUAAUAUUUAUUGUAAUCUAUGCCAGGUUUGUGAAUUUAUAAUAAUGGGGUUUAAUAAAGAGAGACAAAUUGGUGAAUUUUGUGAUGACGUGUUAAAGUUUCUAGUCUAUUGACACGUUGUCAACAAGAUCACUGUCUCCGAGACAAUAUUAUUUUUAGGUAUGAAUAUACAAUAGGGUGUUGAUACAAUUUUGGAUUUUGUGGCAUUUUAUGAAUUAAGCGUGUUUUAUAACUUUUAAAUUA